GGAGAGCAGCAGCAGCAACCAGUAGCCAUGGCUGAGCAGACUGAGAAGGCUUUUCUUAAGCAACCCAAGGUUUUCCUAAGCUCGAAGAAAUCUGGGAAAGGAAAGAGGCCUGGCAAAGGUGGAAACCGUUUCUGGAAGAACAUUGGUUUGGGCUUCAAAACCCCCCGAGAAGCUAUUGAAGAAUAUCCGUUGAGUGCUUGCUUUGGAACUUACAUUGACAGGAAAUGUCCGUUCACUGGAACUGUUUCCGUAAGAGGUCGUAUCUUAGCUGGUACUUGCCACAGUGCCAAGAUGCAGCGAACCAUCAUUGUCCGCCGGAACUACCUCCACUUCGUGAAGAAGUAUCAAAGAUAUGAGAAGAGACAUUCCAAUAUCCCUGCCCAUGUCUCACCGUGUUUCCGUGUCAAAGAAGGUGAUCAUGUCAUCAUUGGGCAAUGCAGGCCGUUGUCGAAGACCGUGAGGUUCAAUGUCCUGAAGGUGAUCCCAGCAGGCGCAUCUGCAUUCGGAAAGAAGGCAUUCACUGGAAUGUAA